AUGGGGAGUACCUCCUCCACCACUCCUCCAAAACCACCUCCUGGGCCCCCACCUGCUCAGUACCAACGUCUACCUCCACCAAUCAACUGGCCACUUGGAGUCACCACCCAGGGUUCCCCAGAACAGAGCUCCACAGCCCCCAACAUGAACACUCCAGCAGAUGGUCAACCACCCCAGAGAUUUGGAUUUCCUCCUGGUCCACCUCCUGGACCUCCUCCGCGACGUCCAGGACAGUCUCCCCCCGGACCUCCUCCAGGACCUCCACCCCGGCGCCCUCCUGGACAACCUCUUUACACGGCAUCCUCCAGUCAUGCAAUCUUUCCUUUUAUUGGCCAACCUCCUACAGCUCCAUCCCCUGACUCUUCUAGUCCUCCGCAGCCUUUAACCACUGCUGUGGUAACACAGAUACCACCAUCAUCAGUUCCAGCAACAUCAAGUCCUGCAAGCAGUGACCAAUCAUCCAUCUCUACAACAGUGGCCAGAUGCCUGAAGGUCAUAGAGACCGUUAAAUCUCUGGCUGUGCAGCCACCAGCCAAACCAGUCAAAUCAGUCCAGUUCAGUUUACCCACAGAGUCUUCAUCAGCCCCCAGUUCUCAGAGCUCAGCAGAGAGUGACGAUGAUGUCAAGAUAAAACAGCAGGAGAAGCUGGAUUUGUAUAACCAGAGGAUUUUGGAGAAAAGGGAGCAGCAGUUCCAGGAGAUGCUAGCCCGCAAGAAACAAGGAGAGAGGAACAAGGAUGGCACACUGAUUUCCCCAGGCAAGACGAUCAGCAGUGAGCCCAGGAACGUUUGGAUUUGUGGUCAUUCACUGGUGUAUUGGGCCGAAUCACGAGCCAAGUCUCCAGAGGUAGGUAUGCAGCUGGGAAUGGACCCCAGUAAGGUGACCAUCUGGUGGAAGGGCAUUCAGGGCAUGACGUGGUCCCAGCUCCUGCCCCAGCUCCACCAGCUCAAGGUCACCUGGCCCAACCCAGAAGUCCUCAUCAUGCACCUGGGUGGCAACGACUUAAGCACCGACAGCCCCACCGACCUGCUGGCCUCUGUCAAGAAGGACCUGACCUCCAUGAGGAGCAUUUUUCCGCAGUGCGUCCUCGUGUGGUCCAACAUCCUCCCUCGUAGGGUGUGGCGCCACUCGGCCGACAGCCAUGAAGUCGAUCUGGUCCGAACCACAGUGAAUCGCAGGAUCCAGAACAUCAUCUCAGAACUGGGCGGCACUUCGCUGACCCAUGACAACAUUCGUUGCGGCGCAAACACAGGACUGUACCGCGCUGACGGCAUACACCUGUCCCCCAAAGGCAUCGACUUUUUCAAUCUGAACCUUCAAGAUUUUCUGGAGAAGUGGGAGAUGGAAGUGAACAAGGCCUCUGAGAAAAGUUAAGAGGUGUAUGAGUUAUUCUGUCAUUUUUAUGCUCUCUUUUAUUUCUGAUGAUAGCUAGGCAGUCACUUUGAUUAAAAUAUCUGCAAAGACUUUAUCAUAAAACUCCUUUUAAAAUAUCCAGUCAUGUGUUUGUAGUUUCAGUUUACCAUAAGGAACUGUUAAUCCCUGUCAGUCUGACCUGAAACAAUAAACUUGGUAUUAGCUGCUCUGCUGCUCUCCCUCAGUCUUUUAUCUUCUGCAGUUAUGGAAAAGAUAAACUGCUAAAAUACGCUUUUUGUUAAUGCUGAUUAGUUAACGUUAUACUGCGGAGACAGACUUGCUCUUACUGCAGGUCAAUGUGUUUGAAAUAAAAAUGGGUUGUGCUUUGUAUUUUUGUUUGAAAAUAAAAGAUAAUUCGUCAAGUCUUAA